AUGAGUAUGUUCCCGGUGCGCGUUGUAGUGGAAUCGGUUCGACCACAACAUUGCCUCACUUGCGCACGUGAUGGUCAUAUGCUUGUCGAUUCUUAUGCAAUUGUUUCCGGUGCGACUUUGCUCAGUCAGCUGGUCGAUACAGUGCUUAGUGCUUUAGGCAUGCCACAAUUAGCCGUCAAUUCAAAAGGCUAUAACAUGAGGAGACGUCAAAGUAGUCAGCCAUUCACUGAUCCAAUCCUAAUCGUUGUAAUUAUCUUGAUCAGCACGAUCGUUUACUGUUGCCAUUAUAACGGUACAGUCAUUCUUCAAUCUGUUACUCCGUCGGUCAAUAAAUUAGACGAUGAAUCCAUUUUCUAUUUUUCGAUAUCGAAAGUUAGUGAAAAUUCUUGGAAACGCCCUUGA